AACCGACGUCCGUAGUUCAGUCUCGAGCGUCUCGAUGCGGAUCGCGUUCGAUGCUUCCGUUGCACGUUCGACGAGUCCGAGAUAAUUAAUCGGCGAGGAUCGGAGACCGUUCCGACAGCCGGCAAUCGCGAACGUUCGAACGACGAAACACGCGCGAUCGACGACUCGACAAACGAUUCGGACAAUCGAGGUGACAGAAGAAACCGGAAAUGAAGAGCGUCUCGUCGCCGUUCGUCGCUCUCGCGAUCACGGCGCAUUUCGUUUUCGGGUUCCAAGACGUCGCGGCGUUCGACGAGGAAGACGUAAAGAAUUUAGAGUUCGCCAAGGCAAACAAUCGGAGCGUCACUCUCGGAGAAUGCACGGCCGAAAAAGUCACGCUGAACGGCGGAAACAAUUAUCACGCCACACAACAGGUGUUUUAUAUUAACGCGAACCCGCAGACGGUAUUCCAAGGACCGAGGGGCUAUUGCGUGACCACUUUGGACAGGAACGAUUAUAUUCCGAGACCGAGAAUAGGGGCCCAGAAGCUUUUCAAGCACAAGGUCGUGUGGAACGAAGCUCGAGAGAUCUGCAUGGCGGAAGGAGGCCAGUUAGCCGUGAUAGACUCGGCGGAGAAAGAGGCGGUGUUUCGAAACUGGAUGACCAACGAGACGAUCGACGGCAUCUGGAUAGGCAUUCACGAUUUCUUCGAGCAAGGGUCGUGGCUCGAUCUGGCCGGCGAACGGAUCGCCUCGACGAGCUAUUAUCCGUGGGCCAAGCACCAGCCGAGCAGCGAGGACAAUCAUCGCUGCGGCAUUCUCUGGCGAACGCGAACGACCGCAGGAAUCAGCAACGCCCGGUGCGAUAUCAGGGAGUCGUUCAUCUGCGAGAUCAGCUUGUGCGAUACUUCGAGGCUCGUCGGUUCGCUCGAAAAAUAUACGACGCUGUCGUAAGGCGGAACAACGAUUACAGCAACGUCUCUCUAAUCGACGCACAGAUUGUCCAGAAAAAUGGACAAUUUAGGGAGAAGAGAGACGAUUGUUCGAUCCUUGCGGUUAUAUCACGAAUCGUCAACAACUAUAAAAACGAGUCGCAAGAAUAAUGGCAUCUCCUCUUGCCGAAUCGUCCAUUUGUCUGCACAGUCUGAGCGUCGGUUAGGGAGACGUUACUGUAUACUUUUCGAUUAUUUAUUACAACGGCGUGCUCGCGAUCGAGCGUACGCGAUAAGAUCCUGUAGAUUACUCUGUAUUUCAUGUAGCAAAACCGUUGCGAUCCCGUUCGCGUCUCUUUCGUUCGAGCGGGCACCGUUUUCGCGAACGUUGUAGCUCUUAUGGAGUUUGUAAAACCCGCGCGAGAGUGUUCCGAGUGGGUUGCGCACGUUUUCGCGAUGAAAACGAGCACCGACGCGACCCCGUUCGGAUCGGGUCGAAUCGCUGGUGCAUCGGUCGAUGCACUUCCGUACUCGAAAAAGUAAUACGUUCGUUGGGCUAGAAAGACCCGAGGAAGAGCGGUGCUCGAGCUCUUCCAGUCUUUUUUCGGGGGGGACUUUGAAGAUACAGCGCUUUAAACAUUUUUCUUAUCUUUCAUCGUUCCCUAUAUCGUUCUCCUUCCGCAAUAAAAAUUAUCUGGGAUCGUU